UGCUGCCCCGCCACUCAGUGAAUAACCGGGGAGUAGACAUGCAGAACCGUCACAUCGCACUGGAUCCUGCCUGUGUUUCUCCAGAGUUUGCGGACGAGCACUGACUUGUGACGAGGAACAUGAUUAAACGGGAUCCUCUUUUUGCAAAACUGAGCGAGUAAAUCACACAAUUAGGAGUUCAUUUGAAGAGAUAUAAUCGAGUCUGCCGGGUCUGACAGCCAGCGUGUGGGAAUGGCAGCUCCCCGGCCGAUAAAAGGCAUACUGAAAAACAAGAACAGCGGGACAAACGUCAAAUCGCUGCCCGACGACGUGCAAGCAGAGGUCCCUGAACAAGCCCCCGGGCUCUCAGAAGAUGACCAACAGAAGAAAUCCCAGAAAUGGGAUGAGAUGAACAUCCUGGCCACAUACCACCCAGCUGACAAAGACUACGGCCUGAUGAAGAUAGAUGAACCCAGCACACCUUAUAACAGGAUGGUGGGAGACGACGAAGACGAGGGGGCGCUGAGCGACUCAGAAGGCAACGGUGGACUCGCAGCUGACGACUUGGCAUCAAAGCUGGUUGCAGCUGAGGGCGCAGAGCCUCGCUUUCUCAUGAAGGAAGAAGAUGAGGAAGAAGAAGAAGAGAGCAGUGAGGAAGAGGAAGAUGAGCUUACUCCUGAAGAACAAGCCAAAAAGAACCAUUUUAAGAUGAUGAGGAAGAUGCAUUACAAUGAGGGCCUAAACAUCAAACUGGCCCGCCAGCUCAUCGCCAGUGAGCUGGAGGAAGACGAAGAUUUGGAUGAAGAGAUGAGGGACGACACAGAGGAGACGGAGGAGAUCAAUGUUGACCCCCCACAGGAAGCGGACUCUCUGGACUCGUAGAUGAGGUCAUUCUUUAAACCUUCAGGUGUGUCGGGCUCAACAUCCAGACAGACAAUGCUACCGCCCCGUGUGUCUAUAAUGCUGGGCCGCCAGCUGACGCCGCUUCACCACUCACAUAACAACCCUCAACAACCAAUAACCUCCACACAUCACCUGUUAAUCUCUAUAUCUCCGUAGAACUGUGCAAUAUAACCUCGCUGGUUUUGAAACUCCCAGUCAGUACAACACACAAGUAAAGACUGUUUCUCCCUCCUCCUCCUCGCUAUCCUGUUGCCAAGAAAUUCCCCUCCCACCUCAUCUGGACCGGCGUCACACAGGAGGAUCUGUGAUCACGACCUUGAAAGGAGGAUCAAGGCCUUUUUAAAAAAAGAAAAAAAAGAAAAAGAAAAGAAAAAACAAAUAAAAACGUCUGGAUAACAAGAACUCCUAGCUGGUCGCUCCACAGUGUCCAAGCCACAGAGCCUUUACGUCAGCCCUGGAGGAAGCCAGGGGAAACCCCUCGGCCUCACUAAAGGCAUAUCUGAGACAUGACGACUGCACUCGUACUCGGUGCACUGCAGAAGGCUUUUACUUGUAUUUUGCUUUGUGACCUAUCUCUGCUGCAUUGUCCCCGCUCCUUCAUUUCUUAAAGUGACAAAAGAUGGACGACGUGAUGACAGGUGAAGCACUCUGUUUUGUACACAAUGCUUAAUUUUAUUUAAGUAUUCAUUAUAAACAUGACAAUGUUGUGAUAAACUAGGAGCUAUUCAUAGCCUAACAGCACAAGACAACAUGACCUGCAUACAGACUCAGUUUGACAUUAGAAUAUUAACAUUGUAUACAAUGGGUGUGUAUGCUGUGCUGUCUCUCUUUGGAUGCAGUUAACUGUACAGUAAAGCAAAUUAAAACAAACACAAAUUGUAAGUAUAAUAUUGGCACUUAAUCGACUUUGUCAAACUGAUUUAUUUCCAUUCUCUCAUCACAAGCAACAACUCCACACAACACCUCAUUUAAAAUCUCGCAAAACAAAAAGGUGUACCUGAACAGAGCGUUGCCACUUUUCAGAUUGGAUUCACUAAUACAUUGAGCUUUUAUGUGCAGAUUACGGUAUAGUUCAUCUUGUUAGUCUUUCUGUCUGGAGAUCAUUUGUCUCUCAAGAUGGUUUAUCACUUUCAGAUGGCAGGAGGGGACAGCAAAAGCAGGAAUAGCAUGUGCUACUGAUGAAUUACGACAGAGAUGUUACAGCUUUCAACAACAGGCUUUGAUGUAGAUCUGACAAGGAACAAACCAUCGCUCUUAUGUGCGCUCACUGAAAUAAGUUGUAUGACUGAAUGCACAGGAGCUUCACACCAAACAGAUAUUGUAACCGCUUUUCUUUUGAGGAAGGCACAGUGGUGUAGUUGGUGUUCAUUUCCUCAUCGGACUUCACCUUACUGUAUAUCUAUCAUACUGAUCGUUGUCCUGUCCAAAGCAGCUGGGAAAUGUGAAACAAAGAGUUGAUGCUACUGGUAUUCGUUCAAAACAAAAGGACAUUUAUUGGAGGUGUUUUGAUGAUUUAAUUUUUAUGUCGGGGGUUCCUCAGUGUCUAUUCGCUUACUAUCAAGUCUUAAAGCAUGUGGGAUUUGACAACAAAAAAAGGAAAUGAAUUGAACAUUGAGAGAUGACUGAAUACCCUGAGAGAACAGUACAUAGGAACCCUGAGUUUGUCUUGUGUUUUGAUCUCUUUAUUUGUUUCUAACCCUUUAAUUCCUCACUUGGAUUGAAAGUGUUCAGCGCUUUAUUAUGGAAACACAAAACAUCAUGAAACAAAAGGUAUGACUCCUGCAAACAUCCCACAGCAUUUUCUUUUGUUCUUGUUAAGUAUUCCGUGUCGUUUUUGUCUCCAGCAACUUUGUGAUCCUUGUGACCAUUUCCGCCAACUAACAAGCUCACAUCUGAGAAGGUGAUUGACACAUGAUCAUUGUAGAGAAACAGGAAUACAUGUGUUUAAAAUACAGAUGUUGACGAUUCUUUUGUCCUCUACUGAAUUUGUAAACAAAGGAGACAACAGCGGAGAAGCUGAAGUUAUUGGUUCAUCUUAUCACUCUAGACAAAAGGACAAAAUCGUCCCAAACAUGACUGACACGAUCACCUUGUAGGUGGUUAAUACCUGUCGAAUGUGCCUCUGAUGUAUUUAUGUAUAAGUGUGUAAAACAGUGAACAGGCUAUGGUCCAAGUUGCUGUUCUUUUUUCUUUCUGCUUCACCAUGUCAGCUGUCUCUCUUGUCUGUUUGUUUUUGGCCCACCUCCUGCCUCCCUGUUUGUACUCUGUGGAUGACAGACAGUUGUGCAGUCCCAUGUGACUGCUCUCUGUCUGUCUGUCUCAAAAUGACGUGGAUUUGACAGAUUUUUUGUAUUUCCAGUUUGCAUGUUCGAAAUCAUCAAAUUGUGUGUAUUCCGUUUUAUUUUUUGUCGCCUAUCAUUAAAAAAAAAAUGUUGUUAAGAA